AAGAACAGUGACGCAAAGGAUAAACAAAAAGAUUAAAAUUACAGAAUCACCCCUUAAAAACACAGCUUUGAGAUUCCAGCUCCAUUUACGUCUCCCGGCGAUCAGUAUAUUAACAACAUAGAAGCCUUAAACAUUAACCUUUCUAUUCAUUUUCAAAACCCAAUUAAUAUUUUUUAAUUAUUUUCUUGAAAAACCAAGCAAUAACAGCCCUUUAAUUCUAUUCCGAUUAAUAAUAUUAUAGAUGGGGAGUGAACAAAAUGAGAAUAUUGUUAAAGUUGAUGAGCCUAGGGAUGAUAUAAAUGCUUUGGACGGAAGUGGUUCUAGGCCGAGCGGGUUGGCGUGUGACUUGAAUGUAGAUAGUGAGGGCAGUGGAAUUAACAAAUUGAAUAAGGUUGUUACGAACGUGCACAGUGUGCCGUGUAUUUACAGACAGGAUAUUGUGAGGCAUGAAAAGAGUGGGGCGAUUGGGAUUGUGAAUGAAGUUGCGGGCGACUCUGAUUCGGAUAGUAGUAUCACUGAUGAUGAGGAUGACGAAGAUGACGAUGACGAGGAUGAUGAGGAAGAUGAAGAUGGUGAAGACGAAGGAGGUGAUGGCGAUGCCAAUGUUGAUGGAGACAGGAGCAGUGAUGGGAAUAAAGGCAGUGGAAUUGAUAAGAAUGAAGCUCUUCUAGCUGAUCAGGUCCGAGUGCUUUGGAUGGACAACACAGAACCAGUCCAGCAUGUUAAUGAUGUUAAAGUUGUUGAUAGGGGAUUCUUACAUGGGGAUUAUGUUGCUUCUGCAUCUGAUCCUACUGGGCAAGUCGGUGUAGUUGUAGAUGUCAGUAUAUCUGUUGAUUUAUUGGCUCCUGAUGGUUCUACCAUACAGGAUGUAUCUUCCAGAGAUUUGAAGCGGGUGAGGGAGUUUGCUAUUGGUGAUUAUGUGGUCCUGGGUCCCUGGUUGGGUAGAGUUGAUGACGUUAUGGAUAAUGUGACUGUGCUAACUGAUGAUGGUUCUGUGUGCAAGGUGGCGGGUGCAGAGCCCCUACGUCUCAAACCAAUUUCGAAGAGUUUCUUUGAUGAAGAUGAGCAUAUUCCAUAUUACCCUGGACAACGCGUAAGGGCAACCUCAUCGUCAGUUUUUAAGAGUAAUCGAUGGCAAGCAGGCUUCUGGAAAACUAAUCAGUUGGAAGCUACUGUUACUAAAGUUACAGCUGGAUCAGUAUUCAUAUAUUGGAUAGCUUCUGCUGGGAAUGGACCCGAUUCUUCAACUGCCCCUGCUGAGGAGCAGAGUCCAAAGAACUUGAAACUGUUGUCUUGUUUUUCACAUGCAAAUUGGCAAGUUGGGGAUUGGUGUCUUGUCCCACCCACUAUCAAACAAUCAUCCUCCAUAACCUUGGAUAAAGGUUUGUCAAAGUUGGGCCUUUAUGAUCCAAUCAAUAGCGAAGUAGCUGCUAGUCAAUUGGGAAAUGAAUGUGAUGUGGAAGAGGUUGAGCCAGAAGAAUCAGAAGAGAAUAAUACAUCUAUGGAUAUUGAUCCAGUGGUUGCCCCAGAUGGAAACAGUGGAAAUCCUGGAAAUAAUAUUUCCACGGUAUCUAGCUCUGGUGGUAGUUUAGCUUCAGUUUCGAAGGAUCCUGUGCAUGAAACUUGGCCUCUUCACCGUAAGAAGAUACGCAAAGUUGUGAUUAGGAGAGAAAAGAAGGCUCGAAAGAAAGAGGAGAAUUUUGAAAGAGCACUUCUGAUUGUCAAUUCUAGAACAAGGGUUGAUGUGGCAUGGCAGGAUGGAACUAUAGGAAGUGGAUUGGAAUCUACAGCGCUGAUCCCUAUUGAUAGUCCAGGUGAUCAUGAAUUUGUCGCUGAGCAAUAUGUGGUGGAGAAGGCCUCUGAUGAUGUUGAUAAUGAUUCUGAAUAUAGAGGUGUUGGAGUUGUGAAAAGUGUUAAUGCAAAAGAGAAAACUGCUUGUGUUAGGUGGUUGAAACAGGUUGCCAGGCCCGAAGAUCCUCGUGAGUUUGACAAAGAGGAAACUGUAAGUGUGUAUGAGCUGGAGGGGCAUCCGGAUUAUGACUACUCCUAUGGAGAUGUUGUGGUCCGAUUAUCCCCAGUUUUUGCCUCUGCAGAAACUACCUCUGAUGGGGAGCCAAAGUUGAAAACUGAAUCGAAUGAGACCGAGAAUGCGGAAAUGUGCUCAGAAUUGACGAAGCAAAAGGAUGGAUCUGAAAGUGAAGCUUGUAUGGGCUUCUCAGAUCUCGCUUGGGCUGGAAAUAUAACUGGUCUAAGGAAUGGUGAUAUUGAAGUCACAUGGGCUGAUGGAAUGGUUUCAACAGUGGGACCUCAAGCUAUCUUUGUUGUUGGCCGUGAUGAUGAUGACUCAAUUGCAGCUGGGAGUGACGUCAGUGAUGACGCAGCUAGUUGGGAAACUGUUAUUGAUGAUGAGAUGGAUGCUAAUGAGAAUUUGCAAGAGGAAACUGGGUUACAACAUGCCACCUCUUUGAACUCCGAUGCAGAGGAGAAUUUGGAAAAUAAUAAUUAUGGAAGAAAUGCAGCACUUCCUUUUCCUUUUUCUGCCUUUGGUUUUUUUACAAAGCUGGCCAUUGAUAUAUUCUCACGAGGUCGAAAAAAUGUAGAUCCAGAUUAUCCUGACUCCAGAGUCGAAAAUGAACCUGAGACUGAGGGAAUGUUGCAUACUUUCCAGGAAAGAGAUUCUGGUGAUGAGACUAGCUCUCAACAAUCUAAUGUCUUUGAUAACGGCAAUCUGCAUAGUAAUCGAGGAAAAGAGGCCGUACAUAUUGCCAGUGACAAAGAUGUCCCAGUAUCAUCAAAUUCAGCAGAAAUUUUAUGCAACUUGGGCACACAGAAAUCAGAAAUUCCGACAUGUUUCGAGAAGGAUAGUUGCAGUUUCAGACGUUUUGAUAUAGCUAAAGAACCUUUAGACCAUUAUUUUCUUGGUUCAAAUGGACAGAUUAACAAUGGAAGGAAGUGGCUUAAGAAGGUUCAGCAAGAUUGGAACAUUCUGCAAAACAAUUUGCCUGAUGGGAUAUAUGUACGAGUUUAUGAAGAUCGAAUGGAUCUUUUAAGAGCAGUAAUUGUUGGCGCGUAUGGAACACCCUAUCAGGAUGGACUCUUCUUUUUUGAUUUUCACCUUCCCCUAGAGUAUCCUGAUGUACCACCGUCGGCAUAUUACCAUUCUGGCGGUUGGCGAAUAAAUCCAAAUUUGUAUGAGGAGGGAAAAGUGUGCCUUAGCCUUCUAAAUACCUGGACUGGCAGAGGCAAUGAAGUUUGGGAUCCAACAUCUUCUAGCAUCCUUCAAAUUCUAGUUUCACUACAGGGUUUAGUGCUCAACUCUAGGCCAUAUUUUAAUGAAGCUGGAUAUGAUAAGCAGGUUGGAACAGCUGAAGGAGAGAAGAAUUCAUUGUCUUAUAAUGAAAAUACAUUCUUACUUAAUUGCAAGACGAUGAUGUAUCUCAUGCGAAAGACCCCAAAGGACUUUGAAGAACUUGUCAAAGAACAUUUCAGGAAACGUGGGUACUACAUUCUUAAGGCCUGUGAUGCAUACAUGAAAGGCAGUUUAAUUGGUUCUCUCACGGAAGAUGCAUCUGAAAGCACUAAUGAUGAUUCCAAUUCGACUUCAGUUGGCUUCAAGCUGAUGUUAGCUAAAAUUGUUGCAAAACUAUACUCAGCUCUAAACGAUGUUGGUGCUGAUUGCGAUGAUUUUAAGCAUCUACUUCAGUCGUGAAAAUUGAAUGCAGCAAUUCCGACAUUCUUCAAUCCAACAAGGUCGAUCAUUUUUGAUACGUUGACUUUACUUCCAGCUCACGGAUACUUGUAAAUGCAUUUUCCUCCCGGAAUUCGGAUGCUAACUUCUGGUGUUGACAAUUUUGAAGCUUCAGGCUGCCAUUUUGUUGGAAUUUAUAUUCUUCGAAUUUUCUAAUUUUGCUGUAUUUGACUGACAUUGAAGUGAAAAGUGUGUUUAUUUCCAUUCAUUGAUCCAGCAUCAUUGGUUUGUAACAUUCUUCUUGAGCUGUAUGACCAACCAGGUGAGUGGUGAUAUGCUGUCAAAUGUGCAGAUUGGUACUUUUUUUUUCUUUUUCUUGCUGCUGGUGAAAAGGAAAUUAUUAGCUAAA